AUGGAUCAAAAUCCAGAUUCCGAGCAGGCAAAUCAUGAUAUUACAGAACAACAGCCACAAUCUAGCGCUGAAGAGACGGUCGCUGAAAGAAGUCUUGUGUAUUUGUAUCCCAUGGACACAGAAGUUGUGGAUUCAGGUGGUGUGGAACGCUGCAGAAAGGAAGAUCCCCGUUCGACUGGGUAUGUCGUUUCAACCUCCAUGUUACUCAACAGUGGCAUGAACCCGACGGAUUUUGUCACGGAAGAUGAUCUACUGGAACAUUUGGCCGAGAGAUUUUUGUGUAAAUAUUCUAUCCAUUUUGAAUUCAACCGAGAUUCCCAAGGAUGUGCUGCGUUGGAUUGCAAACUUGGCAUCACCAGUCGAGGUGACACCGUCGGUGUCCUCAACUUCGAGGAGAAGAUGUCCCAAUAA